CCGCCCUGCAAGCGCACAUCUUUCUCUUCUUAAUACUCUUGUAACAGCGAUAGCGAAUCAAUCAAUCUCGACAUCAGUCAUGUUCAACGUGGGAGCGUAAUUGGAAGGAUCAAACUCAAGUUUGGAGUUAGAGCUAGUAACAAAACUGAGCACAGUACUAGUGAAGCGACAUCAGGCAGUAUCAGCACAAACCCCGGGAUCAUAGAGACGGAGAGAGUCAGCCAGAAACAGCAGAGAUGCAGGCAGAUGGGUAAACAGUGCAGUUACAAGAGAGGGGUGCAGAGAAGACAGCUUUAUUAAAGCAGUAUUAAAUGAAGAGAAAACAUCUUAAGGAUUCACAAUGAGUCAUCAGGAGGAGCUGUUAAACAGAUUGAAAAAAGAUCUGAGAUCUCUCCUGAUCGCAUCCAAAAUGGGAGUUGCCAUUGAGCAUCUUCAACGUGACUAUAAGGAAAUGCUUGGCCAUGCUAUUCCACUUCGUGAUUUGGGAUACCAUAGUGUGAUAGACAUGGUCAGCAGCAUGCCUGAUGUGAUUCAAGUGGAAUAUACAAAUGCAGGCUCAACCAUUCUUAAAGGUGUUGGCAAUGAUUUUACCAGAGGCAUAGAGGAUUUAGUUGCCAAACAGAGGCCUCCCACCAGAAAAACAGGACGCAAUAAUAGAGGCUGCAAAAUGCAUAACAGUACAUUGCCUAGGCUGCACAGAAGAGCAAAAGUGACCCCAGCACUGCCUGCUCCUCUCCGUUCCAAGUUAAAGCAGCUGUUAUCUUCCUCUCCUGUCCUCCUUUCUCAACUGGAAGAUGCCUUCCGUUCAAGGUUUGGCCAUCCUUUGCAAGUUUCUCAUUAUGGUUUCUACUCAAUCAUGGAAAUUUUACAGAAGAUGUCAGAUAUUGUGGUGGUGGAGCAAACCAGAGCAGGCUCUUUGUUGUGUCUAAAGAAAACGCCACAAACAAAUUAUCUUCAGGCUGGUUUUUCUUGUAAAGCACCCUCUGCCAGUGUUACAGAAAAUACAGCAAGCCAGUAUAAAUCAGAAUCUGUACCAAAGAAAGAAGUUGUUCGGCUUACACCGGAGUCUACAGCUUCCAAGCCUAGCAGUGCUUCAGCAAAGGUUUCUGAGCCGAAAUUGGAUCACUCACACAAGAUGCUUUCACAGCUGCCAACAAAAAGUGAAACAUUUGAAAACGAAAUCAAAAUGUUGGAAGAGCAAAUAAAAGCUGAAAUAGCAAAAUGUGGACCUACAGGUGGCGUAAGCCAUGAGCUGAAAAAGAAGAUAAGAUCAGUGGUAUCUCAACAUCCCAAAGGUUUGCCAGUAAAUAAAUUGCCUCUAGAAUAUAAGAAAAUGCAUAAUGAAGAUUUGCCAGUCAGUCAAUUGGGAUUUAUAAGUGUUAUUGAUUUAGUCAACACUUUGAGCGACACCCUGAUUUUGGAUCGUGGCAAAGAGGAUUUAAACAUAAAUUGGCUAGUGUUUGACAUCCAGCAGGCUGACACAAAGUCUGGUGUGAAGAACAAGAAUGAAUUUCAGUCCUUAAAUCAAUCUAAUGAGAGCUGUCUUUUGUCUAAUCAAACAUCUUUGUGGGAGGACAAAAACAUUGAGAAGCUGACUGAGAAAGUAGAGAAUGAUUUUAAAAUUGUAAAAACAAAGUUCCAGCAGACUUUGGACAUUAGUGAGGAUGAGAUCUGUAAGCUGCAAGCUAAUUCCAGGGGACCACUAGAUGCAUUCCGAGAUGGGAACCUGCAGCUACCUCCAGAAAUGGAAGAAAAGACUAUGAUUUCUGUGCUAGUUGAGACGGUUAUUUCUCCUAGCCAGUUUUAUGUUCGCUUUAAUGAGACACAGGACUGUAAGCUGUUGUUAAAUAUGAUGAUUGAGAUGAGGGUGUGCUACUCUUCUAAAGAGACCUCACAAAGGUACCAGCUCCCUGAGCACUUCUUUAGAGUCGGUCAGGUGUGCUGUGUGGAAACUAGCACCUUGUGGUUUUAUCGUGGAAUUAUUCACCGGAUUAUUAGUGAGCAGUAUGUGGAAGUAUAUUAUGUUGACUUUGGAAAUUUUGAACAAGUGGAGAAGAACAGAGUAAAGUUUCUAAAAUGUGUCUAUUCAAAGCUUCCGGCUCAGGCAGUACCAGCCACUUUGACGUGGAUCAAACCAUUUAAGGUUACUUGGAGUGAAACUGCAAUCAGUGUUUUCCAGAAACUUUGCUGGGCAAGACCUUUGGUUGCUCUAAUUCACAAGUAUGUGAAUGGGAUCCUUCACCUUUUCUUGUGUGAUACCUACACGCAGGAAGAUAUUUACAUUCACACUGUUCUUCAGAUUCAAGGUUAUGCUGUGCCAUGCAAUCUUGAAGAUAUCGGCGAGUGUUUUGGUCACUGGAACCCAGUGAAGCUCUUUUUGAAAAAAGUGGGACCUGAUGAAAAACCAAAGAAUGCUGACCCUUCUAGUGUUAAAGAAAAUCCUUCUGACCAUUUCAGAAGAAAUCUGCUCACUCCUCCUGAAAAACAGCUCUACUCACUAUGUCAGCCUUUAACACCAGAUGGCACUGAUGCUACUGAUGACUUCAGUGAUCUUCCAGAGCUUGAGCUCAUAAGUGAGCAAAAUGACCUGCAAGAUGAGUCUUUGCAGUGUGAGAUGACCAUGAAUAACGUGGUACAACAACGUGAGGAGUCUGUGGCCUGCUUGGAAGAUAAAACAUCUUCAAAAAACACCCCCUACACUGCAGCAGUGGACACUAAUGAAGACCUGAGCUGUAAUCUUCCAUCCACAUCUAAAGAAAUCUACAGUGGGCAGCUGGUCUCAACCCCAAGCGUCUGCAGUCCACCUAAACGAGGAGCAAGACCGAUCUUUCCAGUAUUUGCCGGAGGCAGGCUGUAUGGAGACUUGCUCUGCUUGCCCCGAUCUUUUGCCUCCUCCAUCUUGUGACCUUCUUUAUAUCUUGCCUUAGUGCAUAUUUUGUUUGUUAUGAAAGUGAAAAUAUUUUCAUUUUGUAUUAUGUAUUAUUACAUACUUAUGUGAAAUCACUCAUAUCACAGUUGCCAAAUUCAUGAUGAAGUUGUUGUUGUAAUUCAUGGGACACAAAUUGACAUUUUGGAGAAAUUACUGCAUUGCUGUACAAGUGGAAAUAGCACAUUUUUAGAACUUUCAUGUUCUAUGAGGUUUUGUAACAUACAGCAAACUAUAAUGUCUAAUUAGAAUGCUAACAAUCAAUCAUUCAAGUGUAAAAUUAUUAAAAUAAUUUGUUUCAUUGUUUUGAAGAAGGAGAAGAAUAUUUGCACAUGACUCGUGACCUUGAAGCCCUGUACUUUCAUUUCAGGAAAAGACACCAUUUUUUCAGUGUUCAAAAUAUUUUUUAUUUUUAUUUAUUUACUUUUUUUGACC